AUGUCGUCCUUGUCGUCGUCGUCGCUGAGCCAAGCGAUCGUCAUUGACAAUGGAUCGUUCAUGUGCCGCGCUGGCUGGUCUGGCAACGCAGAUCCGUCGCUCGCAGUCAAGAACAUUAUCGCGCGUCUCAGAACCAAGACAGAGCAGGACGAGCAGAAAGACUACCUUGGCGACCAGGUCAAGGACUGGGACACGCUGUCCAAGUGGCGCUUUCGCCAGCAGCUCGAUCGCGACGUGGUGACUAACUUUACUGUGGCAGAGGACAUGCUCGACUUUGUGUUUCGCUCAUUGCUCGACCAGGACCAAGCCAGCAGCAGCAGUCACCAGGCAUCGUCCAGUGGUGAUGGCCAGGCACCCGUUGCUCACGCUGCGAGGCGGCGGGCGCGGGACGUUCGGUGGCGUGGCUCGAGUCACGGCGAGUACUGCGUCGGCCGAAUUGACCAUCCGAUCGUCAUGACAGAGACAAUGUGCAACCCGAAUAGCCAGCGAGCAUUCAUGAACGAGCUCCUGUUCGAGUGCUACAAUGUGCCGGCAGUCUCGUACGGCGUGGACAGUCUGUUUAGUUUGCACUACAAUGCAAAACCAGCCACGAGCCGCCAGGCUUCCGUCCUAACCGCGCCAUUGUCCCCGCCACUGAGUCCGCAUGCACAGCACCUGCUGCCGAUCGCAUCUUCUAGCACGGCUCUUGUGCUUGCUGCAGGAAACUACCACACACAUGUUAUUCCGUACAUUAACGGCCGCGUCGACUCGACCAACGCAAAGCGUAUCGCACAGGGCGGCCAUCAGUGCAUCAGUUACUUGAACAGUCUGCUAUCGCUCAAAUAUCCGCAGCACAAGGCAGCAUUUACUGGCACGCGAUGCACCGAGUGGUUUUGGCAACAUUGCCGCGUUGCGCACGACUACGAUGAAGAGCUGCGCUCAUGGCACCAACGCGAAUUCGACGCCGAUGCGUGGACCAGCGCUGCAGUUGUGAUUCAGCUGCCGUUUACUGCGCCCACCGUUCGAGCUCCAGAAAUUUCGGAAGAGGAGCAACAGCAGCGCAAGGCCGCUCAGGCAGAGCGAUUCCGCAAGAUGCUUGACAAGCGACAGGAAGUGUACGAGGCUGCCAUCGUGGCAGAGGCCGAGCAGCGUCUUCGUCUCGAGGAGAGCGAGCAGCAGCGACGGCAACGAUGGGACUCCAGUACCAACACCAACCGACAAGCCCAACGCAACGCUGCACUCGCUGCCAGCCGGCCGGGUCUGCUUCCCGAUCGCGCCGCUCUCCCAUCCGCGCCUGUGGGCACCGAAUUGGUAGGCAAUGGUGAGUCUGAUGCUCAACCAGCGCACGUCGCGGCUGCCAGCGCGCCGGUCGAGAGCGAUCAACCUGACGGAAGCAAUUCUGCAAUUUCGGACACGCCUGCCGCACCAGCUGCUGCAGCCGAAACUGAAACCAGCACUGCUGACAACACAAGUGGCUCCAGCGAGAUUGACCUUACAUCCUCCACUCAACCACAAUCAGAAGCUAGCGUGACCAGCGCGCCACUUGUCGACAUCUCGGAGGAGCAACUGACUCCUGCUCAGCUGCGAGAGCAGAGAAAGCUGCAGAUUGUUGCCAUCAUCAAGGAAGAACGCUUGGUUGCUCGGAAGGCACGCCAGGGCAAGUUCAAGCGCGAGGUUCAGGAAAUGAAGCUCAACCCGGUUGAGUCUGCUGCGGCCUUGCGAGAAUCACGCAACGAGCUGUUGCGCGCCCGCGAGCGCCGCCUCAAGCAAAAAGAGCAACUCAGCGACAAGCGCUCUGCUGCGUCGCGACAGCGCAUGCGUCUGAUUGUGCAGCAAAUGCACCAGAGUGGCACCUCGCUCAAGGUUAGCGCUGACGAUAUGGCAAUGGCUGGCAGCGGCGAUGUAGAUUCCUCCGAUACCUUUGGUCUCAACGACGAUGACUGGCAGGUCUACCACGAGAUGCAAAGGAAAGAUGCCGGUGGCUCUGAUAGCGAAAACGAGCGUAUUCAGCUCGAGAGAUACGAGCGACAGCUGCGGAUUAUCGAUCCAACCUUUGUCGCGGAAGAGAAGCGGCUCGCUGCGCCCGAGAGCUUGGCCGAAAUGCAUCAGGUCGAAUUGGCUGCCGAGCAGCAUCGCAUUCCCGAGAUUCUGUUCCAACCUUCUCUGCUGGGUUCCGACCAGGCUGGUCUGAUUGAGACCAUUGCCUUUGUGCUCAAGCACUACAACGCGGCAACGCAGCAGCAACUGGCUCGCAACGUUUUCUUGACGGGUGGCACGUCCUCGCUCCCGGGCAUUGGCCAGCGCAUUCUUCAGAACAUGGUCUCCAUCCGGCCAUUCCGGAGCGUGAUUGAGAUCCGGCAUGCCACCGACCCGCUGCUGGAUGCAUGGCGCGGAGCAUCCUUGUGGGGCAACGAGCAAGUGGGCUCGGCUACCCAGCUGUCUCAUUUGUCGCCGGCGUUCAUCACCCGCCAAGAGUACGAGGAAAAAGGCAGCGAGUAUCUCAAAGAGCACUCUUUCAGCAAUUUGUACUUUCCAACGCCCGCUGUUCUGUCCACAGCGAUGGAUGAAGGGGGCGAAGAGGACGAUUAAGUUUUGCCAAAAUUUUGUUUCCCCCCCCCCUCCUCGCACCCUCCUUGCUUUCUGAGUCAUGUUAUUUAAUAGUGAAGUGUAUUUUGCAAG